AGAAAGAAAUGCUACGACUUGCACCUCCCAUGAGCGGACUAACAAGCCACUUGCCGACAGAGCUCCGGCAGUGGAGGCGAUUAUUAAAGCAAACAAUGUUUUACACCCAAAGUAACAUGUGGUGGAGUCGUGUCAGCUGGAUUCUGGUUCUGAUGCUGGUCCAGCUGCUCACUUUAGAGGCUGUUCCCAUCAGUAAGGACAAGACCAAAAUGACGGAGCCAGAGGUGAAAAUUGAAGAUGCUCCUGCUAGUGUGGACACUGGGCUCCACUAUGACCGUUACCUCAGAGAAGUCAUCGAUUUCCUAGAAAAAGAUGAACAUUUCAGAGAAAAACUCCACAAUACAGACAUGGAAGAUAUCAAGCAAGGUAAACUCGCCAAAGAGCUGGACUUUGUCAGCCACCACGUUCGAACCAAACUGGACGAGUUGAAGAGGCAGGAGGUUAGUCGACUCAGGACCCUCAUCAAGGCUCGGCAUGAUCUUGAAGGUGGAAACGAUAUCGCAGUGGACCACCAGGCUCUCCUGAAACAGUUUGAAUACUUGAACCACAUGAACCCACACACAUUCGAAGUGGACGACCUGGAUCGCCUAAUAAAAUCGGCCACAAACGAUCUGGAGAACUUUGACAAAGAGAGGCACGAGGAGUUCAAGCGUUAUGAAAUGAUGAAGGAGCACGACAGACAGGAACACUUGAAGACGCUGGAUGACGACGAACGAAAGCGAGAGGAGGAGCACUAUGAGGAGCUGAGGAAAAAACAUGCUGAUCACCCCAAAGUCAACCACCCGGGUAGCCAGAAUCAACUCAAGGAAGUGUGGGAAGAUACAGAUGGCUUAGACCCGGAAGAUUUUGAUCCCAAAACUUUCUUCAAUUUGCACGACACCAACGGCGAUGGCUUCUUUGAUGAACAGGAACUGGAGUCGCUGUUCACCAAGGAGUUGGAAAAACUCUACGAUCCCACUAAUGAAGAGGACGAUAUGGUGGAAAUGGAGGAGGAGAGGUUACGCAUGAGGGAACACGUUAUGAAUGAGGUGGAUUCAAACAAAGACAGGCUGGUGUCUUUAGACGAGUUCAUGACUGCUACAAAUAAAAAAGAAUUCUUGGAGCCAGAUAGCUGGGAGACUUUGGAGCAGAACCAGGCCUACACGGAUGAGGAGAUGAGGGACUUUGAGGAGCACCUCGCUCGACAAGAGCAGGAGCUCCACCAGAAGUCUGUUGACCUUCAGAAGCAGAGAGAUGAGCUGGAGCGGCAACAGGAGCAGCUGAACGCGCAGAAAGUAGAGUUGCAACAGGCAGUUGAUCAUAUGGAACGACUCAAGGCUGAAAAACUAGAACCCCCUCCGGAGGUCCAUGUCGAAGGAAAUGCCUUACCGGAGAUGCAUGCAGUUGACGAUCAACAGCAACACGACCGGGUGGCCCUCGUCCAAGAGCAUCAGCCUGCGGAGCAGGUUCAUCAAGAUGCGGCUCAGGACCCAAGUCAACACCAGAAUCAGCAGGUGGGCGAGCAACCACACCAGGAUCUGCCGCCGGGCCACCAAGGAAGUCCACAGGUUGAGAACCACUAUCCAUAGGGCCUUCAACACUGGACUUCUGCAACCUCGUCCAAUCUAAGAGUGUCUGGCCUUUUCCACCAUGAUGACUGAUUGGUGCUUUUGAACACACUCAGGGGUCAGGACGAUGAAGCACACAAGAUGAACAAUGCUAGUAUUUGGUGCCCGACUUGCGAAUCACAUUAUGGAUUUUCAGGAGCAUUUUGUCAACAUAACGACAGCUAAGGGACAUUAUUUUUCAAGGCCUGUGGAAAAAGUCACUUUAGACAGACCACCAGAGUACUAUGAUGUGAAAUUUUGAAUAGAUUUUUUUUUUUUCUGAAUUUUUUUUGGGGUAAACAUGAAUUACCAUUAAGAACACAGAUAGUAUGCUGUUUGUUCACCACUUAUCACAAUUGCCACACAUUAUUGCCAUUCUUUUAAUUGGUUACCUUCAUUUUUGUUAACCUAAUCUAGGCAAUCAUUAUCUGUUAAAAUUUGAGCACUGAGCUGCCAAGACUGGAAUAAAGUUAAUUUGGCACAGAACUUCCUCCUUUGGUAACACCCAAUCAUUUGAUUGGUGUUAGUGUAGGAGUUGGAGGUUGUUGACAUUUUAAGGCCAUUUUUUGUAAUCGUAUACAUAACUGUAUAUGACAUUUAUUUGAUCAUAAUUGAUCAUUUUUAACUUAUUGGACAGCUAUUGCUAAAAACGUUUUUUUAAUUGAACAGCAAAAUUUGGGCAUUUGGUGUUUUAGUUGCAUCUGACCUUUAACUACUGAAUUUGAAAAAGGGCAAAAAAGGAGAGGCAUACUUGCUGUAAUGCACAAACUCUGCAUUCAGCUCAUUUAUGUGAUAUGUUGUACAUGAAGUGACGUAAUUUGAAGGAUUGAAAUUUUAGGUCAGAUGUGAUGUCACUUGACAUGCCGUGCAAUGUUGUUUUGUGUUCAUCUCUUCUUUGCAUCUGCAAAAUGGAAUAUUUUCUUAGUUUUUUUAACAUACAAACAUACUCCCAAGCUAUUAUUUCUUUGUGCCAAGAAGUUUUCUUUGUGAAAAUUCUGCAUAAAAGGUUUGCACAAUAGGUUCACGUGGUUCUGUUAUUGCUUGCUGCUGGAUUUAAUUGUCAAGUGUUUGCUACUGUAUGCCUCAUUUCAAGACAAUAAAAUUAAUACAUCCAUUCA